CAAUGUAUGGACUGUAUGUGACCAUCACACAGCUGACCAAGUCAGACACAGGACGGUACAUCUGUGGUUAUGGAAACCCUCUGUCUCCAGAUUCAUACUAUAAUGAUGUUCUUGUCAUUGAUGACACAGACGGACUGAAGUGUCAGACGCUGUUCUUCUGAAGUGUAACAACUUUUCUGCAUCAGGAUUAAAGUCAGAAUGAAAAUCCUCCAUUUUCUCUUCUUCUGCUUCUUGUCAGAUCCAGCUGCUCUCGUCAAGGCAAAACCCAAUAUAUGGUCUGCAGCUGAAGGAGCAAAUGCUACACUUAGAUGCCCUUCAACUUUGUCUGGAAGCACAAAGUUCUUCUGCAAGGAAAAAUGUGAGCGAGCAGAAGAUAUCCUCAUUAAAACAGAUGGAAGCACAGCUCAGAGUGGGAGAUUCAGCAUGAAGUAUAAAGAUGGAUCUUCAGGAAAAGGAACUGUGUUUUUGUUCUUCACACAAAUGAUCAAGUCUGACUCAGGAAUGUACAGAUGUGCUUUGGGAAAAUCUUCUGCACCAGAAUCAUACCAUGACUUUGAGGUCAGAGUUUCAAAUGAUCUGGAUAGAAAUGUUGGUUUUUAUCGCACAGUAACUGAGGGAGAAAACAUCACAUUGGGAUGCUCCAAUACUGUGUAUGGACAGAGGAAGUUCUUUUGUAAGAAUCAGUGUAAGAAUGAAGGGGAGAUCCUCAUUGACGCAACUAAUAACAAAUCUGAGAGUGGCAGAUACAGCAUUGAAUACAGACCAGGAUCUACAUUUGGACUGUAUAUGACCAUCACACAGCUGACCAAGUCAGACACAGGAGAGUACAGGUGUGGUUAUGGAAACCCUCUGUCUCCAGAUUCGUACGACACUGAUGAUGUUCUUGUCAUUGAUGCAACACAGAGUGAAAGUGUCACUCCAGGAGUCUCUACACAUGGUCCUGACUCCUCCUGGCUUCUGGUUGUGCGUGCGUCCUUGGAUGGUGUUUUGCUGAUAGCUGUUUUCCUCAUGCUCUUCUACAUUAGUAAGACAAGGAGGAACUUUGGACUGAACACCAGAGAAAAUGACACAAAGAUGGAGUUAUCUCCCGGGUAUGAAAACUUGGAUCAAACGUCCAAACAUAAAGAGUCCAAAAGGACCAGGACCAAAGCUGCUCUGCAUUAAUAAAGACCAAAAUCUAAUAAUAUUAACUUUACCUGUUUUAAAUUUGGUCGAUGUACAAGCUUAUCUUCUUUUCCACAAUCAUUUCAUUUUGAUACUUUUGAGCAUAUUUCUGUAAUUUUAUGAUCACCUCCCAUAUUAUUUGCUUCACUCUGUUUCUGUAUUGUUGGUGUACUAUUGUAACUUCAGUAGCUGUAUAUUAAAAGUUAACAAGUAAAACUGAUUCAAUGUUAUGAUGACAAAGAACCUUGUCUUUAUUUACCAGUGAAGUUUUUACUUUCUUUGUAACUAUUGUUCCCCAAAUGUAACUUUAACUGGAAGAGGUUGUACACAUUUGGUUUUAAUUCAUAUAUUUUUGUCUAAUGUACGAUUUACAAAUGUAUGUGAUUACUUCUGAUAUAUUUAAAACUACUGGCUGUUGUUAGAAGAUACAAAAUUAAAUAUUUUUUUUGAAAAUUCUAAAUAAUGUGAUGUUUCCUUGAAUUGAGUAAUUACAGAACUUUCUUAUUGAUCUCAAGCUUAAGAUUCAUGUUAAUGCUGCCUUUUGUGUUUAAUAAAUGUUUAUAUUUGCCCGAAUGAUAAUAUGAUUCUCAUAUUACUGCAUUUGUCUGUAUCGCUAUUGAUUUAGUAUUGAUUUGUUUUGUGUUUAUUGUUCAAGGUCAAUGUUGACCUUGGAAAAAAAUGUCUUGAAACCACAUCAAGUAAAACAUCACAUGGAAGCUGUAUGUUUCAGGAGUUUGGUUUUCAGUUUCCUUUGUACCUUUAAGUUUUGGAUCUGUACAAACCUGCCAUCGGCCUGCAAUUAUCAGCUCUUCUGUUCAUGUUACACUAUGCUUGACAUAAGGUUUAUAUUAUAACUGGUAAUUACUACGUGAAUCAGGUCACAUUACCAAGCAAUGCAAAAACAAUGUAACAAGUACAGUAGUGAAUUCAUUCUUUAAAUAACACAAUGCAUAUUUAAAAAAAUACCAGUAAUAUGGAUGGAUCUGCCUUUAAAUGCUUUUAAAUUUUCUCAAAGAUGUUUUUAAUAAAGGUGACAUAAAA